AUGGGUUUUCUUUUCCCUCCCGUUGACUCGCAACCCCCUCGGUCCGCUCUUGAUAUUACCGAGUUACUCGAUAGGUUGCGUGGCCCUGCGCUUGCUGCGCAUCAAGCCGCUUUCUCCAAUGCCAAGCAUUACUAUGACCGACGCCACAAACAUCAACUAUUUUCCGUCGGCGAUGAAGUCUAUCUCGAUCUUCCGCAGCUCGGAAAUCAGCUCGACGCUCAAAAUUCUGCUGUCUUGCCCGAGUUGCGUUCGAAAUUUGCUGGGCCGGUUGCCAUCGCUUCUGUUCUUAGUCCAGUCAACUGCGAGCUUGCCAUGCCCCCAGAUUUUCGGGACACCCAGUUUUCCACAUUAGUCAGCUCCGGCUCAAACACAAAAUUCCGGAGGAAUGUUUCUCUGCUCCUCACUCUCUGGUUCCGUUGA